AUGUGGAGCGACGAGAAAUUGGACGCUUUGGAAGCAAAGACGAGUGGCCUGACUACGGUGCUCGACCAAUAUCGAGAACUCCUCGACAAUUACCGGCGUCUUAAAAGUGAUUACGAGGAAGAGAAGGAAUCCAGAGAGAAAUACAAGCGGCUUGCCCGUGGACAAGAACGUAACCCAUUUGUCUUGGUGCUCGUAGAUGGAGACGGGUAUCUUUUCAAACAUGAGUUAUUGAAGCUCGGUCACGAUGGGGGCGUCACUGCCGCCCGACGCCUCUCAACCGCCAUCGGAAAACAGGUAGUUCGCCUGGAUAAGGAUCUCGAGGAUUGCCGCAUUAUGGUCAGGAUAUAUGCGAAUCUACAAGGACUGUCGAGGGCUUGCUCUAGGAGCGGCCUCUGUGGCAAUGAAGCCCGGGCACUAUCACCCUUUGUAACGGGAUUUACCCGCUCGCAAGACCUGUUCGACUUCAUCGAUGCCGGAGAGAAGAAGGAAGGGGCUGAUUACAAACUGCGAGAAAUGUUUCGUCUCUUCGCGGAAAACGGCCAGUGUAAACACAUAUUCUGGGCUGGCUGUCAUGAUACCGGGUACCUAUCGCUACUGACACCAUACAAAAAUCGGUCCGAUAAGGUGACACUUAUCGGCUCUACUCUAGAACUCCCCGACUUUAUGAGUCUGGGCCUACCCUUGAUCGAACUUGAUACUGUUUUCGAGCGCUCGACACUGGAAGCGUCAAACGGAAGCACUUCAACGUUGGGAUUGGACGGGCAUCGAGGUUCAUCUUUCGCCGCACCGACCAAGAGCAACGCAAGAUCAUCUUCAACCCAAGUUUGCCAGCAUUUCUUAACGACACCUGGAUGUAAAUUCGGCACUAAAUGUCGAUACGUCCAUCUACUACGCGAUGGGUCGGCCGCACGGCCUCAAGAUGAGCCAUACGCGCGACCGAAAUCUCAAAUGAAGUCUCAGUCAGAACCCUUUCCUCCAGCUGCGAGUCAUAAAUCGUCGGUAUACCUUUCCAAGGAAGAUACAGCUGGGUUAACCGGCCCGCCCCUGGGACGUCCAAUCCCCUUGAACAAGUCCGGCGAGCGACUCGACACUAUUGUACCCAAACCGAGCAAAGAGGACGAAGCCGCGUAUUGGCGGCGAGCGAAGGCGCACAAAGUUUGCAACAAGCAUGUGCUAGCUAACUCCUGCCCCGAUCCACACUGUCUGUACGACCAUGGUCACGUCGAUCCGGGCAUCGUGGAUGUUAUCAGGAGCUUGAAUCGGAGAUAUCCUUGCCCUAGGCAGGGACGGUGUAGGCGUGCCGACUGCUUUCUCGGCCAUAUCUGCGUGAGAAUCGGUUGUCAAGGACGAAGCACGGGGUGUCGCUUGACCUACAAUAUGCAUACCAUGUCACCGACGGUACGCGAAUGGGUUGCUGCGGAGGACGCUGAACUGGAUUCAUCUAUCGGCGCGCAGGAUGAGGGAGACCGCUCGGUCGGCUCUCCCGAUUCCGACGAUACAAACGGGGUGUCUACAAGGUUUGAGGAUGAAAGGUUGCCGGAACUCAUAUUGUAA